AUGGCGACCUCCAAGCUGCAAACUUUCACAAGCAAACCCCGCAUCUUCAUCCUGUCCGACAUAUCGAACGAGCCGGAUGACGCGGAGUCGCUAUGUCGGUACCUUCUCUAUGCGAACCAGUUCGAGACGGAGGGACUGGUGGCGUGCACGAGCACGUGGAUGAAGAAUCGGGUGUGCCCGCAGGAUAUGGAGAAGAUUGUUGAUGCGUAUGCGGGCGCGGUCGACAAUCUGAAUCAGCAUGUGCAUCCGGACUGGCAGUAUCCGAGUGCGGAGCAUUUGAGGGGUUUGAUUAGGAAGGGAGCCGAGGUCUACGGUAUGGCAGCCGUCGGCGACGACAUCCCCCUCUCCCCCGGCGGCGAACUCCUCUACUCGCGAAUCUUGGCGCCCUCCGCCCAACCCCUCUGGAUCCUCUGCUGGGGUGGAACAAACGUGCUAGCCUCCGUCCUCUACGCUAUCGACAGCAAGUUCACGCCCGAGGACUCCCAGCGUCUGCUCUCCCGCAUCCGGGUCUACGCCAUAUCCGACCAGGACGACACAGGCGCCUGGAUCCGCAACAGCUUCCCGGAUAUCUUCUACAUCACGUCCGUGCACGGCUGGAACCAGUACGGGAUGGCGGCCUGGACGGGAAUCUCAGGGGAGAAGUACUACGGGUUCGACCAGGGCGGGCCCGACUUCAGCAAGAUGGAGAAACAGUGGCUUAAGGAGAAUGUGCAGAUUGGCCCGUUGGGGAAGGCCUAUCCGGACUAUAUGUUUAUUCCAGAGGGCGAUACUCCGACCUUCUUGUACUUGAUCCAGAAUGGGCUGGGUGUGCCCGAGAGUCCGGAGUAUGGAGGUUGGGGUGGGAGGUAUGCGAGGACCGAUGUUAGUGAUAAGGGCCUGAACAGCAAUCAUUACAGCGAUGCAGUGGAUCGAGUCAAGGGCAUGGAUGGACGGAUUCACACGAGCAAUCACGCGACUAUCUGGCGCUGGAGGGAUGCGUUUCAGAACGACUUCGCCGCACGCAUACAGUGGACGAUGACAACCGACUUCGGCAAAGCGAAUCACCACCCCGUGAUCAACAUCAACGACUCCGCAGGCCUGCAGGCGCUGAGGGUGGAGGCCGAAGCAGGGUCCAGUAUCGUCCUAGAUGCGAGCAAGACGUACGAUCCGGACAAGGGCGAUAAGUUGACGUUCAAGUGGUGGCACUACCGGGAGCCCUCCGCGACGCAGUGGUGGGUCGACGCCGAAGUUGCCGAACUGUCCGUCAAGCCACUCGACAACGAGAACCGCAAAGUCGAAGUCACGCUUCCGCCACCCGAGAAGUGCGCGGUAGAGCUGAUGAGCCGGCAGCCGGUCGAGAGGGGCCAGUUGCUGCACUUGAUCCUGGAGGUUACGGAUAGCGGUAGCCCGCCGUUGACGACGUACAGGAGGGUGUUGAUUCAGGCGACGAACAAGGAGUUGAAGGGUGGGGGCAAGGCGGCGGAGGCGAUUGGCGAGGUGAUGAAGGCCGAGGCUGAGAGGGAGGCUUGUCCGCUGUUGGACGGGUCGUAG